AUGCCCAACCUCCACGCCAAUUACUACCAUGGCAACGUCAAGGCGUUCCGCCAGGAGCUCGACGGUGCCGCGUCCACGACGAGCGGCGCGCGGCAAAGUAGUUCGGCUGGGCGAUCGUGGACGCUGAGCGGAUUCGUGCCGAAAGCAGACCCCAACGAGCGUGAUGCUUUGGGAAGAACCGUGCUCCACCUCGCAGCCACUAGCAAUACCCCACUCUCAUACCAGUUCUUCCAGAUCCUUCUGCGUAAUCCCGCGAUCUCCGUCAAUCUACAGGACUACGAGUCUGGGUACACAGCCCUCCAUCGCGCGCUGUACGCCGGUAACAUCCGUGCCGCACGCGAUCUUCUCGCGCGCCCGGACAUCGAUGUGUCGGUCACUGAUAAUGAGGGGCUGAGGGCGUUUGACCUGUUCAAUGGCACGGUUGACGGUACAAACCCUGCCGAUGAUGGAGACGAGGUCAUCGGCACUGAUCUCUACGUGUGGGGCGUGAAUCGCAACUCGACAUUGGGCCUCAGUGACGCGUCGGGGGACAAGACGUUUCCCGACCGUGUCAACCUGCUCACGCAGAAACAGGCGAGCAGCCAUCCUGAUCCAGCUGAGAGAUUCCUCCACGUCGGUGUGCGCGACGUGCAGAUGGCCAAGCUCCACACCGGGGUAGUCACCGCGGAGGCCCGCGGCAACCUCAGCCUCUGUGGCUUCGGCUCGGCGGGCCGCCUAGGCCAGAAGAUCCACUCGCAGCUUCCACUGCUUCCCCUCCCAGACUUCGCGCCCACGGUCGUUGCGAUCGCGCUCGGCCCCGAUCACACGCUUGCAUUGACGAGUGGCGGUUACGUGAUGACCUGGGGCAGCAAUCGAUACCAGCAGCUCGGAUAUGUCAUCGAAGCGCCUGCGAACCCUUCGCCUUUCGCUAAGGAUGACGACCUCAUCGUCCAGACGACGCCGAAGCGCAUCAUCGGCGCACUCAAGAAGGAGUGGGUGCGCGGUGUGGCCGCCGGGCGGAUGAGUAGCGCGUGCUGGACCGCCGACGCAGUCUGGACGUGGGGCACAAACCUCGGCCACCUGGGAUACGAGAAGGCCGCGAAUCCCACCCAGAUUAACCCGCGCAAAGUGACGGCCAUCUCGCAACCUGUCAUCGACGUCGCGCUCUCCGACUAUGCCAUGAUCUGCAUCCUCGACUCAAAUGAGGUCAUGUGCUUCCACCAUGACGCCCACUUCAAGAUCACCUUCAACUCGCCGCAGAAGUCGCUCAAGGGUCCCAAGAACCCAGCUCACGUAAGCAUGGACCCCACCAUUAUCAAGGUCACGAGCUGUGGGCAGAUGUUCGCUACGCUCUCAGCCAAGGGCGACGUGUGCACCUUCACCCUGCCCCACCCAUCCGAGGAGGCGAGCAAGGACGUGCGUGACCGGCACGUCAUCGUCAAGCCGCAGAUCUUGUGGGCUUUGAGAAAGAGUUUUACUGCCGUCAAGGACAUGGCGCUUGGGCCGGACGGGACAGUCAUCAUCUGCACCAAGUCGGGGCACGUGUUUGUGCGGCAGCGCACUAAGGCCGGAUCUGGUGCACUCAAGUUCCGGCGCAUCCCGUACCUGCAGCGGAUCAUCAAGGUGGCCGCGAACGAGACGGGCGGCUUUGCUGCUAUCCGCGUCGACGCGCGCCCAUCAGCCAUCGCACUCAAGGGCAAAACGCUCGAAGAGGACUUGUUCUCCCUCCAGCCUCAUGUUCGACGGUACGAGAACCAAAUGACAGCUGAGGACUUUGACCGGCCUGUUGUGCGCCGCGACACUGAGGAUGAGGAGGAUGAGAGCACUGACUCGGUACACCACGACACCAUGGUCGCGACGCAGCUGUGCCACGUCAUCAACCGUUGGCAGGCGCACAGUACGGACUCUCUGUUCGCUUGGUCCGAACCGCUUCUCGGGAGCGACGUGUCGAUUGCCGUUGGCGACUACGUGAUCCCUGCGCACAGUGUGGUGCUGUGCCUCCGCGCACCCGCGUUUGCUCGGGUGCUUGCCGGGCAAGUGGUCGAGGGUCUGCGGCUGCGCGCGGAGGACGGGCGGCCCGUCAUCGAGAUGGACGUCACCCACCCCCUCGUAGCACUUCUGCUCCUCCAGUACCUGUACUCGGACGAGCUGGCCGCAGUGUGGGACUCGCGUGUGGUGUACACACUCCAGACCAAGUUUCCCGACAUGCCGCUCCCAGUCAGGGACAUCAAGCGGGACGUUCGGCGCUUCGCCGACAUCUUGGAGUUGGCGCCGCUCAGGCCGGUGCUGGAACUCGUGGCGAAGACAACGAUCAGCACGAAAACGCUCCCCGGCGACCUCGCUACGUUCUUCGCGCAAUCCUCGACGCCGCCAUCGGAGGUCUGUGACGUAGUGGUGGUCUUAGCCGACCGCGAGGUGGCACUCAACUCGGCGCUUCUCCGGGCUCGCUGCCCAUUCUUUGAGGCCAUGUUCGCCGACCGCGACUGGACGCUGCAGCGCCGCGAGGCUGACGAUGAUAACAACGUCGUCGUGCACAUGGAGCACCUGAGAUGGCGGCCGAUGAAGCUUGUCUUCCGCUUCAUCCACGAAGGCCGUGAAGACGACCUCUUCGACUACCUGCACCAGGAGACGCUGGACGAGUUCCUCGACUUUGUCUUCGAGGUGCUCGCGGCCGCAACCGAGCUGCUGAUGGACCGGCUCGUGCUGGUGUGUUCGCGCGUGAUCGUCAAGCACUGCAACCCGUUCAACGCCGCGGCGCUCGCCGUCGAAGCGUCGUUCUACAGGGCGGCGGAUCUCAAGGCGAGCAUCUUCGACUACAUUAGCGCCUGCAUGGAGACGAUGCUAGAAAGCGGACUGCUGGACGAUAUGGACGACGACGUGCUGCGCGACCUCUCCAAAACGAUCAGCGUCAAGCAGGGCGACAAGGCGGUGGUGCCGCGGUCCAACAUCCUCGUCGACGAGCUCAUGGUCAAGCACCGCGAGUGGAUCGCGGUGCAGGACAUUCCCACGCCGCGCGUGCGGCAGCCGUACAAGUGGAAGCCGCGCUCCCCGCAUCUCGAAGCGCGACGGCCAUCGACCUCGCCCAUGACCACACCAGAUCUCAAGCCUCUUACUUCUGCAGGCCCGGUCGACGAGAUGUUCACGAUGGACGAGGAGACCAGCGCGGGCACAACGCCACGGCAGGCACCGUCGCCCAACCCAUCCGCGGGGAGCGCGCGGUCGAUGACGCCACUCAGCCUCGGGAGGAGUUCUGGGAAGCCCGUGUGGAAAUCGCGCACGGUGGAGCAAGAAAAGGUCGACCUGCGGAGUAUCAUGGCCGAGGCAGCCGCGACGCGGACACCGGCAAGGCCGCCCGGCCCCCCGUCCACCCCAACGCCAGCGAGAGCCAACGGCUCCGCGUCCGCUGCAACCCCGCGACCAUCCCCCUCUGGAUGGCGCCCCGUCGAGGCGCGCCCAACCUCCCUCGCGGCCGUACAGGCCUCGCAGGCCCCGCAGGCCCCCCUAAUCCCCACGCGCGCAACUGGCUCUAUGGCUGCGGCUCCGGUCGGACACGUAAUCCAGCCGCCGCGCCUCGGCGCAACCCCGACACGGAGGCAGGGCGUGGCGUGGUCGACGCCUACGACCUAUGCCCCACCGGUGUCAAGCAGUCCGAGCCAGGCGUUCUCAUUACUCGCAAUUCAGCAGCAGGAGCGCGACGCAGCUGAGACGGUAACGAAGAAGGUCGCUAAGAGCUUCGCCGAGAUUCAGGCGGAGGAGGCUGCGGCCGCAGCAGAACGGGCGAGGGAGGACGAGUUCCAGCGCUGGUGGGAGACGCAGCGCACCUCGGACCGUGUAGAGAGUGGACGCGGACGCGGGCGCGGACGGGGAGAGCGCCGUGUACCGACCCGGGGGAAAGGCAAGGGCCGUGCGAGUGGUGGCGGGGAGGCGGGUCCAAGCGUGAUCAAUGGGCAGGCGGAAUCCUCGCAGCCCGCGUCCCAGCCCCAAUCCCAAACGCAAGGCCAGUCCUCCCCUCAGGUGCCGUCUGGCCGCAAAGGCAAGGGCCGCGGCGAGAGCGUUGAGGAUGGCGCGACCCAGUUCCGUGGACGGCGGCAGACCCAGGAUAGCGGCAGCGGCAAGGACCCGCAGGAGGCGCGGAUCGACGAUAGCCCGACGCGCCAAGAGUCAUGGAGCGAGGGCGGCUCCGAUCGCAUCUUGAGCAUAUGCAUUGUUUCCGCAUCGCACCUAGCAUCGCACCUGGCGUCGUAA